AUGAAUUCUUCUUCAACUCGCGCAGAGAACCUAGAGCCGACCACGGAGACCUCGAAUACAGCCAACACCUACCUUACACCUGGCUAUGGGGUGAGCCGAAUACGCCGUCGCGCAUCAGGGUAUCGAAAUGCUUCAAAAUCACUGCAGCGGAAGAUUGAAUGCGGUUCUGAAGAGAUAGACGUUGCUCUGCAUGGUCCGUCUUUCAAUUUGAUGAGCCAAGACCAAGCCAUGCAGUCUUGUCCAGAGCUGGGCUAUCGGCACAGUCACUCGUGGCAUCCAGAGACCCUCACAGCGGCACUUGCCAAGGCAGUCCUUUGUCUCAACCAACAACCCCGACGAGUUUGCUGCAUAGGCUGGACGGUCGCCUUCGACAAGCGUAUUUUGAAUCUCCCUUUGGAUCAAGUCGAUCACUAUCCGUUUCUUCGCUGGACGAUUCAGCAGACGAUUCCAGAUCUCAAGCUGGCAAAGAGCGUAGACGAAGGGCACGCGACUCAGAAGCCAAUCGAAAUGACGGCUACUCGUCAGCCGACGAUUCAGCAUCGGUACCGAUCAUGUCGGCUCCGGUAG